AUGAGUGUAUCUAUUCCGGGGUUCUUUUCAACGCCUAGGGGGCAGCUUCUCGCCACGGCUGUCGUCUCUGGUACAGCUGUCGCCGCACUCAUUCUUGGUUUUCAAGCCCUGGAAAGGGAAGAGCGUCUCUCCGCUUUAAAGAACUCGAUUCCGUCAGUAACUGAUGGAAAGCAUCAUAUAAACAAGCUCAACAGCUUCGGAGCUUCAAAUGAGACCACCGAGGAUAAGGAGGAUGCGCGAAAUCUGGCUCUUGCGCAGCGCGCCCAGGCCGGCGACUUUGACGAAGAGCUUAUUUUAGAACAGCUUGCCCGCAAUCAAGUAUUUCUCACACCAGAGGGACUGGACAAGCUACGCAAAGCCUUUGUGGUGGUGGUCGGAUGUGGCGGCGUGGGAUCUCACUGCACUGCUUCAUUAGCCAGAUCAGGCGUAUCCAAGAUACGCCUCAUUGAUUUUGACCAAGUUACUCUCUCCUCGCUCAAUCGUCACUCCGUGGCGACGCUCGCAGACGUAGGCACGUCAAAGGUCCACUGUCUGCAGAGACGGCUGAUGGCCAUUACACCGUGGGUGCAGUUCGACCUGCGGCAACAAAAGUUUGACGGCGACGUGGCGACUGAACUUCUGGGGCCUUGGAAAGACGGACAGAAACCUGAUUUCAUUAUCGACGCCAUUGACAACAUCGAAACCAAGGUCGCCCUGCUCAAGUACUGCCACGACAACAAGCUCCCUGUCAUCAGCUCCAUGGGCGCCGGCUGCAAAGCCGACCCUACCAAGAUCAUCAUUGGCGAUAUUGGUAAUAGUACCGACGAUGGGCUGUCUCGAGCUACGCGAAGACGCCUCAAGCUCCUGGGCAUCACAAAGGGCAUCCCGGUAGUGUAUUCUACCGAGCAGUCGGGCGAAGGCAAGGCAGAGCUGUUGCCACUCGACCAGACCGAAUUUGAAAAGGGGUCCGUCGGCGAUCUCGGCGUGAUGCCCAACUUUCGCGUGCGUAUCCUGCCCGUGUUGGGCACCAUGCCCGCCAUCUUUGGCAUGACGGUCGCCAACCACGUCAUCCUGAGCAUCACGGGCUACCCGGUCGACUAUGCGCCGGCCAAAGGCCGCGACAAGAUGUAUGACGGCAUCGUCAACUACGUCCAGAGCACAGAAGAGAAGCUGGCGCGGCUAUUCGCGCCCGACCUCGUCGGGCUGCGAUCGCCCAUCACGGUCGGCGACGUGGCCUUUUUGGCCGAGGAGCUGUAUCACGCCCGCAGCAUCAUCACCGGUAUCCCGACCCGCCUCGUGCUGAUCCGUUGGCGGCGACCGGAGGCAAUCAACGUGUCCGUCAUCGGACAAGGCACCGCCGAGGAGCAAAAGUGCUCGACCAUUCGACUGCGCGACCUUGUGUGCAUGACAAGGGACGAGGCGGCCCGCCACGAAAAGCAAAUAUUCAAGGCUGGGGUACCGCUGGAGGAUGUGUACGAUGCCGAGACGAUUGACAGGGUCGAAAGAAAGAUGGCUCAGGCGGCGGAGUACGAAAAGUACCGGUGGUGA